CAAUCAAUCCAACCCAGUUAAAGAACCUCUUAAUUGCCCGCCAGGAGAUCCGCCAGGCUUAUCUUCUCCGUCUCCUCCGACCUCACCUCGCCCCCUCGCCCCGCGGCUUCUGGGCUCCUUGGCGCCAAAAUCCCCGCUUCCGAUCCCAGGCCUUCAGGAACCAGGGGGCCUUUCACUGAAGUUCACGAUGGGGGGCUGUGUGGGCAAGGGUCGUAGCAUUGUGGAAGAAAAGCUUGAUUUCAAAGGUGGAAAUGUGCAUGUCAUAACAACCAAAGAGGACUGGGACCAGAAGAUUGAAGAAGCAAACAAGGAUGGGAAAAUUGUUGUAGCAAACUUCAGUGCUUCGUGGUGUGGGCCAUGCCGUGUCAUUGCACCUGUUUAUGCCGAGAUGUCCAAGACUUAUCCUCAACUCAUGUUCUUGACAAUUGAUGUUGAUGACCUAAUGGAUUUCAGCUCAACAUGGGACAUCCGUGCAACCCCGACGUUCUUCUUCCUCAAAAACGGCCAGCAGAUCGACAAGCUCGUCGGCGCCAACAAACCUGAGCUCGAGAAGAAAGUACAAGCUCUUGGUGAUGGCAGUUGAACCAUGCUACAGAAUUAGAACAGAGCCAGCUUGUCAUGGUUUAUAUAUCUGUACUGCCAUGCUUGUGUGUCUUAUGUGUUGCAUGAUAGUUUCCUGGUGUACAGUUUCCGUGUCCUUUCCGUCUAGACAAUGGUUUUACAAUUUUGCGACACACAUGCAUAUGCUGUGAAACUGUAAGAUGGCCCUGCUGGUAAAAUGCUAGUUUUGUGAGUAUCAUCUGCUGGGGAGAUUGUUUUGC